AUAAUAAUAAUGAUAAUAAUAAUAAUAAUAAUAAUAAUAAUGAUAAUAAUAAUAAUAAUAAUAUCCGUAAUGAAUAAUGAUUUGAAUGUGAACACAUGAUGUGUUUUCACGCCUUCAGAUGGCGCUGAAGCUGCGCUGCACUUUUGUAUUCACGCUUCUCGCAACAACCCGGAAGCGGAAGUAGAGAGCACAGAGGCAGUACAGGACAGAGUAAUGGCGCUGAGAUGUGGUAGAUGUGUCCUCACGCGGCUGUUUAACACGAGUGUGUGUUACAGAGCGGCUGGAUUACACACACUCACUAACACACACCCGUUACUAUUAAACCACACACACGACGCCGCGCGCUUCUCCCGGUACCUGCGGAAACCGCGCGCCCUGGCUCGUGCGCUGUUUAGUAACACUGACGGAAGUGACGCAGGGUUGACAGCGCGAGAUUCAUAUACACAACAGCAGCAGCAUGGUGGAGCUGUGUUUAACCUCGAUGUGUUGGUGUCUCUCCUGCGGGAGGAGAACGCAGUGGAUAUCUGUGUGAUCCGAGUUCCAGACGAGCUAAAAUACACUGACUACUUCAUCAUAGUGAGCGGAUCUUCUACUCGGCACCUGAGAGCCAUGGCACAGUACGCCAUUAAAGUGUAUAAGUUCCUGAGAAGAGACAGUGAUCCACACACACACAUCGAGGGCCAGGACUGCGACGACUGGAUGUGUAUCGAUUUUGGAUCGAUGGUGGUCCACUUCAUGCUCCCGGAGACGAGAGAAAAGUUCCAGUUGGAGACCCUGUGGACACUGCGGCGCUACGAACAACUGACCAACAACACACUCCCUCACACACUGCCUCCUGACUUCAUACUCACACACACACACUGACUGACACACACACACACACACACACACAUAUGUCCCCAUCAAGUCUUUUUCUCCUGAUUCGAAGUUUAUAGUACAUACGAACAGAACUCUUGGAUGGAAGAGCCCAGUGUAAACACCUGUCUGUAAAAACACGUCUUUAAAAACACCUGUCUGUAAAAACACGUCUGUAAAAACACCUGUCUGUAAAAACACCUGUCUGUAAAAACACGUCUGUAAAAACAUGUCUGUAAAGAAAUAAGCUGUUUUAUUUACAUGACAAUGACGUGUUAUUGAACAACUCGCACACUGAUCAAUAAAAAUUGCUCGGCUCACCAGA